AUGCGAAAUAUUAUUAGUGUUAAUGUGGAAGAACAGACGGCUGCGGCUUUUUUGGCCACAAAUGAGUUUCAGUUCUAUGAAUUGCGGCGCUCAUUGCAAGAGGAAUCGCAGCGACGGGUGACCAUUGCCAAGCGCGACUGUCUUUCUCGAAAUUUGGAAAACGACAGAAAGUUGGCUUAUGAGAAAUGUGCGCGUGAAAUCAGAGUGAAGAUGGAGGAGCUGGAGGACUAUAUGAAAAAGUGCGCAGAAACAUAUAAAAGUCAGGGAGGUCGCCGUAGGAAAGCGAAGCAGCAAAAAAAUGAGCAGCAGCUGGAUCCGGUGAGAAGGUUUAUGCUCAAAGUGAUCGGUCGCAGCACUGUUUCAUUAGAUCACGAGACUGUUGACAUUGAUGACGACGAUGAUAUUACCGAAGAUGUGCGACUUGCAGAAAGCGUGCUUGCCACCAGCGGUGGCAAUGCCAGUGUGCUAGGCAGUCCAUGCACAGUCAACGGUAAUGAGCAUAAUGAUCCUGUGAUUAUUCUAGAAGAUCGAAACACGCCCAUUCAAGUACUCGAGAAUACAUGCUCAUCUGUUUCUGCAAAUACAAACAAACAUAUUUCGGAUUUCAGCGUAAACAGGCAAGGUGUAAAUAGUUACGACGAUGGCGUUGUCCAUGUUUGCCGACGGAAGAGAAGUGAAGGGCUAGAUGUUUUCUAG